AUGCAGAAACUUCUUUAUCUAGUUUUUAUAAGUUUUCAUAUCAAUAUUCUCCUAGCGAGACACUUACAAAAACGGCAAAACGAUCCAAAUUCAUGCCCGGGGGCGACGUAUCGAAUUAACAACGAGUGUAUUUCCGUUAAUCGGUGUAAUGUUCGUUACUGUGGAGGUCAACAAUGCUUGAUCGUUGGUCCGGACGUGCCACCGAUGUGUCAAUGUGCUAAUACUUACAAGACCGGGCCAGAUGGGAGUUGUAUUGAUGUUGAUGAAUGUGUAACGAUGGAGGCCCCUUGUGAAGGCGUACGUGGAUCGGCCGAGAUGGCCUUCAACGACCCAUUACCACCGGAAGUUAUAAAGUUUUGCGGGUUUAACCCAAAUGGUUCGGACUUCAGAACGAAAUAUUUCUUGGAUGAGCGCUUCAUGACAUUGACACCAUGCGCUGAAUUCGGGAUGAUCAGCCUUCAGGCCGUUCCAUUCCUCUUCUUCCUUGUCGUUAAUAUCUUGAUGAUACCCCGUCAAUUCCCACCAAUCACAGAAAAGAGGGUUUACUGGCUGUUCCUCCUGAAGCUCUUCGCAUCCACCCUUACGAUCAUUCUCCUUUUCCUGAUGUUAAUCACCGGCGUCUUCACGCAUUACAGAGUAAAAUCUAUCGUUCUUGUUGAAUACGGUGUGCUGGGGCUGUCCUGGAUCGUGGCGGCUGUGGCGUGGGGUUAUUCCGCACAUUCAAUGAGUUGGACACGUUCUCGCGGCCUCAUCAUUUCAGCGUUUUUCGCCUCCAAGUGUAUUUUCUUAAUUACGGCAAACAGAUGGAUAAUGUUCGGAUUUACCGACCUUCGCACGAUGCUUCCAUUUGUCGGUUCUCUCGUCCAAAUCAGCUAUUCAGUGCUGGGCGUCUUGGAAUGGCGAUGGAAAAAGUUCCGCGCACGUCCGUUUAGUCCUCUGGACGGCCGGCCAGACGACUAUGUCCGGCUGGACCAAGAUGCCGAUGAAGGAGCCGGAAUUUUUUCAAAACUAUUCUUCUGUUGGACGAACGACCUCGUCAAAAAGGGCUACAGACGGCAGUUGAAUGAGCUGGACGACGUCUUCAAUCUACCACCCACGCUCCGAGUGAAUACUAUCGAACGGCAGUUUGUUGAAAAUUCGCCUACGUUUUAUUCGGAUGCACAGCAAUAUUCUAUUGCCAGGUCUCUCCUCUCUACUUUUGGCUUCCAAUACUUCUCACUGGCUAUCUUGCGGAUCAUUGCCGAUGCCUUUAAUUUUGCAACUCCAAUCCUCCUCCACCUCCUCGUCAAUGCAUUAGAAGAUCCUUUACCCAGGAAAGACUCCUACAUUUACGCUGGGCUGCUAAUUCUAUGUUGCUUCUUUGGAUCGAUGGUGCAGACGCAUUUUAUGUAUUACGUGGAAAAGAUCUCCCUUAAAGUACGGACCGCAACCGUGAUGGCUAUAUACGACAAAAUGCUGAGGGUUCCCUUAGCCGAGAUGUCUUCUUUUUCUUCCGGUCAAAUCCUGAACUUCAUAUCAACGGAUGUCGACCGUAUCGUCAACUUCUGCAAUUCUUUCCAUGCCUUCUGGAAUCUACCCCUCGAACUCAUCGUCACCCUGUAUCUUCUGUACCGAGAGGUGGGCAUGGCAUUCCUGUCGGGCCUUGUCGCUGCCCUUGUUCUCAUCCCCAUCAACAAGGUGAUCACCACCAGAAUCGGCAGGCUCAGCGAGAAAAUGAUGACUGCAAAGGAUCAGCGUGUUAAGAUGAUAACCGAGGCAAUGCAUGGUAUUAGAACCGUCAAGCUCUGCGCCUGGGAGGACUAUUUUCAAGAGAAAAUUGGAAAACUGAGAGAAAAAGAGCUAAAGUACCUAAAGGGAAGGAAAUACCUCGACGCUGUGUGCGUGUAUUUAUGGGCUUCAGCACCUCUCUUGAUCACUAUCUCUAUUAUCGCAACUUAUACACUCGUUCUACACGAGAAACUAACCGCCGCAAAGAUUUUCACGGCGUUGGCACUGGUGAAUAUCCUCAUAAUGCCGCUGAACGCCUUCCCAUGGGUGUUGAAUGGACUGGUGGAAGCGCUUGUAUCCGUCAAGCGGCUCGAGUGGUUCUUCGCAAUCAAAGAAUUCGACCUACAAGAAUUUUAUCGGCUAACUGAAGAUCCAAAAGAACUUCUUCAUGUGCGGAAGGGGUCGUUUUUCUGGAAGGACUCCUCGGAAACGCGCGUCAGCGACGUGUCUUUGACUGGAGAAAUGGGUAGCAUCAUUGGAAUUUACGGUGAAGUCGGCUCGGGAAAAACAACGUUUUUAUUGGGUCUUCUCGGGGAAACGCGAGGGCAGGCUUCAGCUAUCGGACUACGACAAGACAGCGUAUCUAACGGAAUAUCUUAUGUUAGCCAAAGCCAUUGGCUUGUGAGAGGUACCGUCCGGGAGAACAUUCUGUGCGGGAAGGAGUAUAAUCCGGAACUUUACGAAAGUGUGAUUGCUGCUUGUUGCUUGAGAAAGGAUAUUAAUAAUAUGCCUCAUGGCGACAAAUAUGAGAUUAGCGACAAUGGAGCUACUUUGAGUGGAGGUCAGAGGGCUAGGAUCUCAUUAGCCAGGGCAUUGUAUCAGGACACAACUGUCUAUCUCCUUGAUGACCCAUUUGCUUCCCUCGAUAAGCCUGUAGCCCAUACAAUUUGGGAUGAAGCCAUUGUUAAAAUGCUGAAGAAUCGCGGAAAAUUGGUGAUCGUCAGUUGCCACAACGCACGCCUUUUGAAUAAAGCCGAUAACGUGCUUGUAUUCAACAAAUCAGGCACCGUCAUCAAACAGGGUCCCCCAUCCGAAGUGCUUGACCAAAACCUAAUCGGCUCAAGUGAAAUCGAGAUCGAAAGUUCAGAACUAGCCAAAGAUGAUGACGAUGAGAUAGAAUUCGUCGGUACUCAAGAGGAGGAGAAACAGAAAGGAAGUGUUCGCGCUUCGGUUUAUCAGGCUUACACAAAAGCUACCGGCUAUUUUUUGACGUCAGCCAUUAUCGUGGCGCUACUGGCUAUGCAAAUUUCGAAAAAUUUGGCUGAUAUGUGGUUGGCGGAAUGGACGGCUUGGACGAAAGAUUCGAACCUGACUGGGAUGGAGCGUGAAUUUCCGAGAUCCUCUUCGUUCGAGGAAGCCAAGCAGCUUUUGGCGGGGCCGCGGAACGUCGAGCCUCUCGAAAGUUCCGAAUGGGAUCGCAGUUUAUAUUUCCUCUGUGUCUACGCAAUUAUUGCCGCAACAAACACAAUUUUUACAUUGAUACGAGCUUUCCUAUUUGCCUACGGUGGAGUGGUGGCAGCGAAGGUGCUACACGAAAAUUUGCUUUCCAAGCUGCUCAAAGCAUCAUUACAAUGGUGGGAUAAUACACCCUCCGGCCGCGUGAUAAAUCGGAUGUGCUCUGAUGUUUACACUUGUGAUGAUAAUCUACCAUUCCAGUUGAACAUCGUUCUUGCCUCAUUGUUCAACCUGGUUGGCACAUUGGUGGUGACACUAAUCGGCCUUCCGAUUCUGAUCCCAGUCAUCCUAAUCCUCUUCGUUGUCUACUUUUUUACGCAACGCUACUAUCGGCGAACUACUGUAGAGCUAAAGCGUUUGUCCUCCGUAGCGUUGUCACCUUUAUACUCGCACCUUUCGGAUACGGUAAAUGGGUUGGCCACAAUCAGAGCCCAUCGAUUCGUCACAAGAAUGACAACCAAGCUACGUGAAAAAUUGACCGCUUCGCAGCGAGCGCAAUUCAGUUCGUUGGCAGCUGGGAAAUGGUUGUCUAUAAGACUCUCAUUGAUUGCCGUAACCGUGGUAAGCGCUGUAGCGCUUGGCGCCAUCAUACAACAUCAAAUUCAACCGGUGGAGUCAGGACUUGUCGGACUGGCUAUUACAUAUGCUUUAUCGUUGACCGGGCUUCUCAACGGUCUGCUUGGAUCGUUUAUCGAAACGGAAAAAGAAAUGGUGUCAGUGGAACGCAUUGACGAAUACUCUACAGAAAUGCCAAACGGCCACCUGGAAAUCCGCUUCCGCCAAGCAUCCCUCCGCUAUGAGCGUGGACUACAAUUGGCAUUGGAUCGAGUUGACCUUACCAUAAAAUCCGGAGAAAAAGUGGCGAUUAUCGGACGAACAGGCAGUGGCAAAAGCAGCUUAUUUCAAGCUCUACUUCGAGGUAUUUCCCUAGAAUCUGGAACGAUUCUGGUUGGGGAUUUAGAUAUUGAAGAGUGUGAGCUGGGAGCCUUGAGAAAGGCAUUUGGGUUGGUACCACAACAUCCGUUCCUUUUCUCUGGUAGUUUAUGGCAAAACUUGACGGUUGAUUCGGAAGAGCAUUCCGAACGGGGAUCCGUUGCUCGAUUAGCAAGAAAAGCGGGUCUAGACAAUUUGCUAGAGCGUGUGGGAGGUUUGGACGGCGAAAUCUCGGAGUCAGGCUCAAAUCUCUCUCAUGGCGAGAAGCAGAUUGUGGCUUUGUGCCGGGUAUUGAUUCGGAAACCAAAGAUCGUGUUGAUCGAUGAGGCGACAGCACAUCUUGAUUCUGUCUCUCACCAGAGAAUCCUUCAGAUGAUCAAGGAGGAGCUCCCGACAUGUACCUUACUUUCUAUCGUCCACAACCUAUCCGGCCUCGAGGCAUAUGAUCGUGUGAUUGAGAUGGAGACUGGACGCGUCCGAUGGCACGGGGUACCCCAGCAACGUCACCAU